UUGUCUCUAUCUGGUGGAGGUAGUAUUUGUUGUUCUUGUUUAAUUAAUAGGGUUUUUGCCAGGUAAAUUUCAAAAUAUGCAGGAACUAUUCGGGUGUAGUCAAUGUGGAAUUGUUGAGGAAAAAUGUUGGCUUUUGGGUGUAAUUUGUAUAUAAAACGGAGGGAGAAGGCAAAAAUCCGUAAUAAUUUCGGGAGUCUUGAAAUUAAAGAAGGGUCUAUUGUUCGGGUAUUUAAUUCGGUCUGGGUAUGGAACGUCAUGGCGAUAUUCGGAGAAGACGAUUUUGGCGGAUCAUUGGAAAGGAAAGGCCUGAUUUCGGUUUGAGGCCAGGAUUCAGUUGUCAACCAAGGAGGUCCAUUCCACCAGACUUUUUGUUGUUGUAGUUGUUGGGAGUUAAUUAAUCCACGGGAGCAAAUGUCGGCCGGAUUGUCGAGACCAGAAACAUGUUGUACCAAUAAAUCAGGAAUUUUUCUUAUGUGGUUUAGGCAAUUGGAAACAAAAAUUUCAUUGGUAGGGUUUUUCCCGGUUAACCACCCUAAAACAGCAGAGGAGUCUAUCCAAAGGAAAAGAGGUACAGUAAUGUUCAGGUGGGACAAUUCCUUGUGUACAUAAACCAGGGCAUUGGUUCCUAUUUUUGCGGCUAUUAAUUCCAGCCUGGGAACAGUUAGUUUAUUGUUGGAUUUCAAGGGUUUAAUUUUGGUUUUAGAAAAUAGUAAAGCGACCUGGGAUAUCUUGGAAAUAGGGUUUAACGUACGUAAAUACACGGCACAUCCCAUAGCAGUAAGAGACGCAUCUGAGAAGCAGUGUAAUUGGUAAAUUCUGUUGUCAACAGGUAAUGUUGAAAUUAGUCGAGGGAUUUGUACGGUGCCAAUUUUCCAAUCAUUCAUUAAGUUGUCCCAAGAUUUAAUUAAAUUUGCAGGUAGUUUCUCGUCCCAUGCGAGUUUUUCAGACCAUAAUUCAUGUAGGAAUAAUUUCAAGGGUAAAAUAAUAGGACUAAUAUAGCCGCAGGGAUCGUAAUGGGAAGCAAUAAAAGAGAGAAUAGUUCUCUUCGAUAAUUCUGUAGGUGGGGCAUGGGUUUCCACAAAUAGGUAAUCUGUAUCGGUUUGCCAUCCAACGCCGAGAAAUUUCUGUUUGGGACCAUUGAGUUUGUCGUCAAGAGGAAUAUGGUUAAUAGUUUCGGGAAGGUUGGAAAUAAAUUCACGUAGUUUCAUGUUGGCCGUUAAAAAGAGGUUGUUUA